AUGGCGCAGACCUUCGGACUGGAUGAGGCCGCCAUCCUGUCGCUACUAGAGGGCUGCGAUAUGGCGGAAAACGGGGACGCCAUCGCGUCCGAAAUGGUCAAGUCUUCAGAUAGUCCGCAGCGUGUGUCGAAGCGCAGUUCAUGGCGUCUUCAGCAUCGGGAUGAGCUGCUGAUGCUGCGGAAGGCGGAGAAGCACCUGAGUGCAGAUUUGCAGCAACUUAAGCACACAAUGCGGAUGAAACGCAGUCGCUUCGUGCUAAUAAGCAGCUGGAUUCGCUGA